CGUCUUUUUUUUUGUGUUGGCUGAAAUUGGCCGAUAAUGUAUCGGGUAACUUAGUUUUUCCCCAGACUUGCCGAUGUUUCUUGACAGAGAGAGGGGUUUUAAUGGAGAGGGGGCGAGUUGUUUGUUAUGGCUAGUGGAAUUCUGAUGUUUGUAUUGUUGGACUGAGGCUUACCGCGACGGCGAAGGCGAAGGCGAUGGCUUGGGUAUUCGGAAGGUUGGAAAGCUUCUAGUUCCAUUCUGAGUUGAGAUAGACUAAGGUAUGGCUUGUGUUGUUGUUGUGUAGAGCAUCGAGGCUAGGCUAGCUGUGCUAUAGCGGGCAUUGUUAUAGCUUGGGGUUUGGGGAGAUGCAAUCCCGGACCCUAGACUACCUUUGCCUUGCCUUGUUGAAGCUCCUCCACUUUGCAAGGUAGAGGUAACCACUCUUUUUUCUCCUCAGACUCCAAACAACACAACACAACACAGAGUGAGGAGUUGGUUGUGCUUGUGCUGUGACUUCUCGUCUGUACCUCUCCGUAUUCGAGCUGAUUUCAAUUCCGUCUCGUUUGUCCUUUUCUCUUUUCUCCUCCUCAUCCCCUCCUUCUUUAAUCCCUCUCUCUCUUCCUCUCUUCUCUUCUCCUUCUUCUCUCCCACUCUCUUUCUUUGGCCAUGGAUGUUCGUAAAAGACAUAUUUCCUUGCGCGUUCUCGAUACCUUUUCUAUACUCCAAUAUUAAUUCACGAUAUCAUCCUUCUUCUUUCUCUUCUCUUCUCUUCUCUUCUCUUCAGAGUACAUACAUAAGAACACAGCCGACGGCCCCCAACUUGAUCUCGCUUUAAUAUCCCCUUGUCGAUCCCUCAUCAAAUGUCCCGCUACGAUCCGGAUCGUUCUUCCAUCACUGCUUCCUCUGCGACUUCAAAGAGCGAUAUGGCGCAGUCAAACGAUGGGCUGCAGAGGAUGAAUCGGCUCACGGUGGGUGAUGUGAGUCCUGCUGAGGACGAUGACGAUUAUAGCGAUACGACGUCCAAUUACUCGACUAUUUCCGAAGACACGCUUCCCCUGAUUCGCGAAUAUGGACAUACCUACCACGGGUCUGGCCAGCUUCUCACGCCGAAUGAUCCUUCUGAGGCGCAUCGCUUGACGGUCCAGCACGAGCUGUACCAAUUGUGUCUUGAUGGUAACCUUGCUGAUUCGAAACUACCGUUUGAUCAAUUUACGGCCGAGGAUCCGAUGGAGAUACUGGAUGUUGGUGCUGGCACGGGAAUAUGGGCUUGCGACAUGGCGAAGCGAUAUCCCCAGGUCAAUAUACUCGGUAUCGACUUGAGCAGCGCAUUGCUACCCGAAGAUGUCCCUCCGAAUGUCACCUUUGAAAUCGCCGAUGCUACAGAGACUUGGCCGAAUCGCACAUACGAUUUUAUACACAUGCGCAGUCUAGCAGGCGGCGGUGUUCGCGACUGGAACGCUCUACUGGCCGAAGCUUACGAGCACCUCAACCCGGGCGGACACAUCGAAAUAGCAGAGAUCUGCCCGCAUUUCUUCGACGCGGAUCCCGAGCACGUCGAUGGAGAAAAAGGCGUAGUCGGCGCGGCCUGCAGAGAGUACGAGAAGAUAUUCGAGGAGAUGUGCAUCAAGCUCGGCAUGGACUGCGACCCCAUACCUCGAGUCCCUGAAAUCUUAAACACCCUGGGAGCCGAUCUCGUGCGCGUCCGGGUAGAUUGGCUGCCGAUACAGAACUGGGGAAGUGACCCGGUCACCCAGCAGAAGCGCAAGGCCCUGGCGGAGAUGGUCGAGUGCGAGAAUUGGACGUUGAGGUUAUUCGGACUAGGAGGGUGGGAGGAGAAAGCGACGCGGGCUUUGCUUGAUCGUGUUAGAGUUGAGAUCAACGAUCCGAUGCUGCGUAGUUUGGGAAAAGUGACCUUUGUUACGGCUCGAAAGGACUGCGGCAAAUAGAUUUAAGAAAUAGGCAUAGAGAUCUAUGUGCAUAUAUUGGAGUUUUUGGGUCAUCACGGACGGCGUCAAAGGCAUUGUGUCUGGGGCGGAUGUCAGGAAGAACAGGAAAUGGUGCAAACCAAUGAGCUCGGGGAGAUAUUCCCGCGGUGGGAAAUGGAUACCAUAUGGAACAUACAGGGUAUGGAAGAGAUUUACCGAGUGAUUAAGGUCGGGUUGAGUUACUGGAGCAUGGCUGGGUGGAUGGAGUUGGAUACCGCUAGCCUUGGAUACAGUACAAGGCAUCGGCCGGGGCAGAGGUCUACAUCAUAAGAGCUGAACUACCAUUUCAGCGGUCACAGUCAGGAUGAGUCGACCGGAAGAUACAGGAGAUGCAAGGUGUCAAAGGUAUAUUCGUCUAUCAGGAUGACUCCCGACACUUGAUCAUCUCACGUCGUAUGCACUCACUUCACGCGUAUCUCAUGCUACAGAGAUGCCCACAGUACGCCCCAUGUACCCGUACAAAACAGAACUAAAGAGAACAGAACAGAACAACUCCAGAUAUCCAAAUCAAACAGUCUCGAUAUAUCGCUUCA